CUCGGAGUUCUUCUGGUCACGCCUGGCCGACCUUUAUAAGCCCCUCUAGGCCUCGUCAACAAAGCACCCACGCACGGUGGCAACCAACAAACGCGAGAUUCACCGGCUCCCGUAAUACACGAACGCGAGGCGAUCGAUCCUCGAUCGUUUCCUUCUCGAUCGGAUCAGCGGCGAUACAUGGCGCACGGGCAGGAGUCGUCGACGCAGGUCGCCGACGGGGGCGGCGCGCCACUGUGCGCGAACGGCUGCGGGUUCUACGGGAACGAGGCAACCAAGAGCAUGUGCUCAAAGUGCUACCGCGGGCACCUCAAGGCCACAGGUGCGGCUGCCCCCGUCGUCGAGGGGAAGAUCAAGGCCGACGACUUGAUCCUGGCCUUCAAGACGUCGGUGAGCCUGCAGGACUCUACCGCUGGCGCUGCUACUGUGGCGGCACCGUCGGCCGAUGCGCCUGCAAAGAAGGCGGCGCCGACCAGGUGCAUGGCGUGCAAGAAGAAGGUGGGGCUGCUGGGGUUCGCGUGCCGCUGCGGUGGCACCUUCUGCUCGCUGCACCGCUACGUCGACGGGCACGCGUGCAGCUUCGACUACAAGAAGGUCGGCCGUGAGAAGAUCGCGCAGCAGAACCCUCUCGUCAUGCCGUCCAAGCUCGACAAGAUUUGAAGAUCGCGCAGCAGAACCCUCUCGAUGUACAGUUUUAGUUUACUCGUUGGCUUUACUAGAACUUUCAAGCACUAGCUCUAUAAGUUGAAGAGGGUCAACCUCGAUCUUUUUUGUUCAUAGUGACGUAUUGCUGUGUACCCAUCAUGUUAUUCGAUUAGUCAUCCAUGUA